CCUCAGCGCGUGAGCUAGUGCGUCACGAAGACCCCGAGCAGCCCGGCACUUCAUUUACAAGAGCUGAAUUAAAACGACGCAACGGGAUUUCUAACAAAAAAUUAAGUCCAUAAGGCGCAUUUCUACAUCCUGGAUUUUAGCGCCUUUUGACAUUAUGCGCACUUUUCCGUGACAGCGUUUUGUAUGCCAUAAUUUUACACAACUGACAAUUUUUUUUUCACCCAAGUUUUUGUAUAUAUAUAUAAUAUAUAUACUGUAACUUGAACUGCUAACUUUCACCAAAGAGGUCGGAAGCAUGAAAUCAGCGGAUGAAGAAACAUACAGCUACACACCAAACAUCAGCCUAUCCCUUUCAAUGAGAAGCCCUUGCCUUCCCACCCAGUACCACAACCUUCAGACCAGUCCCUCCAUCUCAGUUUCUGUCAGCCAACCUUCAUCAUUUUCCCCAAGUGAAGACAUGGGCUCGAUGGGAUACUACCAGUCAUCUGGCCCCAAUGGAGCGCCUGCUCUGGAAAGUCCACGGAUCGAGAUCACAGCUUAUGGUCAGUUCCCUGAAGAUGAGGUGGAAGAGAACAAUGCACCUGUAGCUAAGCGUGUCAACUCCGUUGUGACUUUAACAUUGCCCAGUGGUGAGGGUUACCGUGACCCCAGCUGCCUGAGCCCAGCUAGCAGCAUUUCAUCACGUAGUUGCCACUCUGAGGCUUCAUCAUAUGAGUCAGGCUACUCAUGCAAUUAUGACAACUCACCACAGAACUCCCCAUGGCAGUCACCAUGUGUCUCACCCAAAGGUUCCUCUUCAUUGCUGUCUGGAACGCUGGGCACCUCACCUCGCCAAUCUCCUACUGGAUCUCCCCGCACCAGUGUGACUGAGGAAAGCUGGAUGGCACUUCGUGGCUCCCGCUCCAACUCCCCUUGUGCUGGGAAACGGAAGUACAGUUUUAGCGGCAACGCCUCUCACAAGUACCAUCCAUAUUCUCCUAACCAGUCACCAGGGCUGUCUCCACAAACCUCACCUCGCCUCAGCAUGACUGAAGACACAUGGCUACCCAACACAAACCAGUACACCAAUUCUGCCAUUGUGGCAGCCAUUAAUGCUCUCAGCACAGAUGGAAUGACUGAUAUUGGAGAGGGGAUUCCACUCAAGACCAGGAAAACCAGCAUGGAGCAUAGUACUAGCGUGAGCAUGAAGAUUGAGCCUGGAGGCGAAGAGACAGGCUCCGCAGAACUCUGUCAUGAGGACUACAACUCAUCACGCCUAGCAUUUAAAAAGGAGGGCUACACUAGCUUUCUCGAUGUACCUCAUCAUCCAUAUUGGUCUAAACCAAAGCCAUAUAUCAGCCCAACUUUGCCAGCUCUUGACUGGCAGCUGCCCUCCAGUUCUGGACCAUAUAGCCUGCAGAUCGAGGUUCAGCCUAAAUCUCACCAUCGUGCUCACUAUGAAACAGAGGGAAGCAGAGGGGCCGUGAAGGCCCUUGCUGGGGGACAUCCAAUUGUUCAGCUUCAUGGCUACAUGGAGAGCGAGCCUCUGACGCUGCAACUGUUCAUCGGGACUGCAGACGACCGUCUCCUGCGGCCACACGCUUUUUACCAGGUCCACCGCAUCACAGGCAAGACCGUGUCCACACCCAGCCACGAGAUCAUGCAGGCCAACACCAAAGUGUUGGAGAUUCCACUCCUGCCUGAGAGCAACAUGAGGGCCAUAAUUGACUGUGCCGGAAUUCUAAAGCUACGAAAUUCAGACAUUGAGCUCCGGAAAGGCGAGACAGAUAUCGGGAGGAAGAACACACGAGUCAGGAUGGUGUUCCGGGUCCAUAUUAACCAGCCCAAUGGCAGAACCGUGUCCCUGCAGGUUGCAUCCAACCCCAUUGAAUGCUCCCAGCGUUCUGCACAGGAGCUGCCUCUGGUGGACAGACAAAGUGUGGACAGCUGUCCUGCCACAGGGGGAGAGCACAUGCUCAUCAGUGGCCAUAACUUCCAACCUGACUCCAAAGUGGUGUUUGUGGAAAAAGGACAAGACGGUCAUCACAUAUGGGAGAUGGAAGCCAAAGUUGAAAAGGACUCCUUUAAACCUACGGCUUUGCUUGUGGAGAUUCCAACUUACCGAAACCAAAGAAUAUCUAGCCCUGUUCUGGUGAACUUCUACAUAUGCAAUGGCAAACGGAAGCGGAGCCAGUCCCAGCGAUUCACCUACCUGCCGUGUAAUGUUCCCACAAUCAAGACAGAGCCACAUGACGACUAUGAGCUCCCUCGCUUGUGUGCACUGCAGCACUCCUCUGGCCUCACCAAGCCGUAUUAUGCAUUGCAAGCUGUGCCUGCCAUGAUGCCUUCAGAACACAGAGCCUGUGUGACAGCCGCUUAUGGCCCUCAGAGACUCACAGCAAAACCUUCAUCCCCGUCGUGCUCCUCUUCCUCUCCCAGCACCAGCCCUAACCUGCAGGAUCUCUCACCCACGCAAUUUUCUCCUCAGUGCCUCUCUCCAGGCUCGAACACUGGGCUUCAGCCUAGUGCCAUCCCUCACGUCUCAGCCAUCCAGCCCACACCUGGCCGCUACCAGCAGCCUGUUCUCUACCCAUCAGGCAGUGCAUCCUCUUCUCCUGGCUCCCAUCCCUCCACCCCGAGUUCAGCACCUGAACUCAUCUUCACUCCCAGUCAUAGUUUGACCCAGUCUCCAGUCACAGGUGAGGCCACAGAGAUGCCUAAAGUGCCACUGAGGAGUGGGCCAUCUCCUCUUUUACAGGAAGAAGGAACACCUGCUACACUGGCCAUCAGCAUCAAACAAGAACCACAAGAACUGGAUCAAAUGUAUCUAGAUGAUGUCAAUGAGAUCAUAAAGAAUGACCUGUCCAGCAUCUCCGUUCAUACCCACGCAUAGCGGCAACGGGACGUGAUUCAUACAGAAGAAAUUGACAUUUUUGAAACUUUCAAACCAGAAGAAAAACAUGCCGCCAUUUAGCCUGAUCGCAAUAACAACAUCAGCACUGCAGAGUCGAUUGCAAUUGUAAAGCAGUCAGAUCAAAAAGACUGACUGAAAAAGCAGACAGAAAGUGUAUGGAAUAACAAAAUACUACCAAAACAAUGUCUAUGAUCUGAUGGACCAAGCCCCUGUACGGUGUUAUUUUUUUGGCCUCUACAUUUCCUCUCAUGUGCUCUUGUAGCUCUUUAAAUUAUUACCCAAGUGCAAUUUGUUUUCCAUUAAUAUUUUAAUGUCUAAAUGUUUAAUGUAUGCAUAUGCAUAUGUCAAUACACCUUAAAAUCAAUGGUCAUAUUAUUGUUGUUAGACAGAAUGUCUAAUAUGGUAAUGAAUCAUGUUUAAAUAGCCAUUCCUUUGCUUUACAUUGGGAUUUUGUCCAGCUGUAAUGAAACAAAUAACUGGAAUUGCAUUUUUUUAUACAGUGCAAAAGAAUCCUAUUUAUUUUCUCUACCUGAGCUGGAAUGAAUUGUACACAGGAAAAUGAAUAGUGUGUAUUGUGGUAGUAGAAAAUGCUAAAUGGAGUGAGCAGUAAAGCCGUGCAGUUUCAAAUUUUGAAAACCAAAGUGUUUUAAUCAGGUUAGGCCGUGAUCUGUUUCCAAACUCUGCACUACCUGUAUAUUCUCUGUGCCUCUGUGAGCAUUUCGUGCCUUACGUGUAUUCAUAAAGCCACAGAUUUCCUUUUCUGCUUAAUUGCAUGUUGUCAAUAUUUUACUGAAGAAAUUUUAUAAUCAUUUUAUCUAGCAGAUGACAGGAAAAUGUUUUUUUUGCCGUAUGUCUUUGUUUGUUUGUGAUAGUAUUGAUGCCAUUGUUUUGUAGGUUAUUAGCUAAUGUAUGCACUUUACUUUAUACUUCUCCUUAAUGAUAUUGAGGAAAAAUGAUGACAUAAUUUUUGUAUUCUUUUUUUCAUCAAUCAGUGAAUUCAUGAAAGCAACACACCAGGAUACUGUGUUUCUUGCCAGCAUCUUGUAUCCCAAUUUUACAAUUACUACUACAUUUUUUGAAUUAGCAAUAGCAAAAUAUGCACAAUAAAUGCAUUUAAUAAA